UUGAGCAUUUAAAUAAACCGAUGACCAAACCACAAACAACAUGGAAGCUAUCAAAAAAUUAUGAAGAUGAAGAUGAAGGCACUUAAAAUGCCUUUAUUGUGGUUGUAAGUUUAAUGAAACAACAUACAAAAAAUGAAUGUAAAAAGAAACAAGAAUACAAUGGAGCAUAUUAUCUACAAUAUUGUAUGUAAACUGCAUUACUUUGCUCUUCAAUAAAACAUAUUUGUUCAUUGAACAAUAUAUUUUAAAAUGAUAUAGAUUGGGUUGCCAGGUGGUGGUGUCAUACAUGACCGAUGACAUCACAAUGGUCUUAAAGCCAAUUUGAACAAUGGGUUAAUGAGGAAAUGUAUCAGUCUUCAUUGGUUAUCGACAUGGCUUGUUUCUGCUGGUGCAAAAAGAAAAAACGUCAGAAAGCAAAUUCAGUUGAUGUGGAGCAGAAGACAAGAAAGAAGAAGGAGAGGGGCACUUCAUCCCCCUCUCCAAUUCCAUCUGACCGUUCUGAACGGAAUGGCUCCGCUACCUCUGACCCCUCACCCUCUGACCAACUCUCCUCCCUCCAUCCACCUCCCUCUCCUGUUAAAUGUUCCUCUCAGCCUUGCUCUCCUGCUAAACAACCCUCUGUACCCCGGUCACCUGCCAAAAACCCUUCCCCAGUGAAAUCCUCUCCAGUGGUGUCCCACCCUAGUUCUCCCUCUCCUACCAACCCUCUGGAUCGUCAUGGAGACACCAGUCAGGAGGGCACAAAAGUCAGACCUCUGUCUCUUCAGGACCACUCCAGUCCAAUGCCCCAGAGACCAGUCUCAGCCACCAGAAGCAUGACUCUUCCCAGGACCAGCUCAGCCACCAGAAGCAUGACUCUUCCCAGGACCAGCUCAGCCACCAGAAGCAUGACUCUUCCCAGGACCAGCUCAGCCACCAGAAGCAUGACUCUUCCCAGGACCAGCUCAGCCACCAGAAGCAUGACUCUUCCCAGGACCAGCUCAGCCACCAGAAGCAUGACUCUUCCCAGGACCAGCUCAGCCACCAGAAGCAUGACUCUUCCCAGGACCAGCUCAGCCACCAGAAGCAUGACUCUUCCCAGGACCAGCUCAGCCACCAGAAGCAUGACUCUUCCCAGGGCCAGCUCAGCCACCAGAAGAAGCAUGACUCUUCACAGGACCAGCUCAGCCACCAGAGGGUCAGAAGAGACCCAGGGGGCCAGAGGAGAACAGGUGGCACUGGUCAACAUGGAACUUCUUGGGUUGCCUAACAUUGGCAACACUUGCUUCCUUAACGCCACCCUGCAGUGCCUCCUGGUCCUGCCUUCCUUCUCAAAGGAAAUCCUGCACCAGGAACAACUCUGGAGCUCCUCCCCCUUCUCCAACCUGCUCAGGAGUCUGUCUGAUGUGCACCGUUCGGGUUUACCUGACAGUGUUGCAAACCAGGCCUCAAAAGCAGACCUCAUGUGGAAGGUCAAGUACUCCUUGUCGGGAUACGAUUUGAAGUAUCUGGGGGACACGCAACAGGACGCACACGAGUUACUCAUCAAUAUGCUGUGCCAGCUGAAGGAGGAGGGCAUGAUUCUGAAGACACUCGGGAUGAACUAUACCUGCCCUGUUUCCCAGCUGGAGUUCCAGCUUGUGUCGGUGCGCACAUGUACCAGCUGUGGGCGCGAGUCGUCUACCAGAGAGGACUACAACCACCUCUCAUUGGACUUCAGCCCUGAGCGCACCUUGCUGAACAGCCUAGCACUCACUUUCAAAAGUGAACAGGUUGAAUUCACAUGUGAGGGCUGUAAAGGCCUCCACGCCUCAAAGGUGGAGCAGUUCCACACACUGCCUCUUGUGCUGGUUCUGCAUCUGAAGAGGUUUGGAGGACCUGGGGGGUUGGAGAAGCUGGAGGCUCCUCUUUUGUUUCCUUCGGAGCUGAGGCUCUCCACCCUCUGUGGGGACAUGGUGCCACACCUGCACAGUGCCAGCCCACAGGCCCUCACCAACCAGGCCCCCAGCAUCCAGGGGUCCAUCCCCCAGACCCUCGCCAGCCAAGUCUCCAGCCCACCUGGAGUGGCCAAAGACAGCGCCCUCUGCUGUUCAUAAGCAGAAGCCAGUACAGUCAGUGAAUGGUUACUACCAGCUGACUGGCGUAGUCUCUCAUUUGGGAGGCUCCGCAAACUCCGGGCACUACAUUAGUGACAUAUUGCAUGCCAGUGGAAACUGGUUCUGCUGUAACGACAGCCAGGUGUCAAUGUCCAAUGAAGCCACUGUGCUGAGGACCAGAGCCCGGAGUGCCUACAUGCUCUUCUAUAUGUUCAGGUACUGCUUACUCUCACCAUCUAUAUUCUUGUGUUGCUAUUUAUGUGUACGGUCCCUUUCACCCUACAGGGCAAUAGAGCGGGAGGCCCCAGCACACAGGGCCUAACAGGGCCACCAGCAUCAGCCCCAGCCUAAACAGGGGCAGCACCUGGACCAGCCUCCAAACACUCAGACCUGUCUCAACAAGGGUAGUACCAGGCCCAGUCUCAAAAUCCCCAGCCCAGCCUCAACAUGGGAAGAACCAGGCCCAGUCUCAACAUGGGCAGAAUAAGACCCAGCACCAACACCCUCAGACCUGCCUCAACAGGUGCAGCAUUCAGCCCAACUUCAAUCAUGCUGCUCUUCAACACGAGCAUGAACAUUCUUUCAGUAGCUUAUGUCAUAAAUACCUGCCCUUGAUUUGACUACUUCACCUAAUGUAUAAAGCUCAUGUAAAAAAACACAAAGUAUACACACUAAAUGUAGUACACAUGUAGAUGUGGUGGAUAGAGAGUGUGAUUAUUUAGAGGAUAUAACAUCCCUUCUAUUUGGUUUGGUUGAAAUCCUCCUGUUGUGAAAUACACUGUGGUGUCUAACCUCUUAUUCAGCAUGGUCACACCGGAAGACCUGCAAUAUUAAUAAAGACAAGCAAAUGUAAGAAAAUCCCAUUUAAGAUGAUUCUGUUUUUUUAUUUAUUUUACCUUUAUUUAACCAGGCAAGUCAGUUAAGAACAAAUUCUUAUUUUCAAUGACGGCCUGGGAACAGUGGGUUAACUGCCUGUUCAGGGGCAGAACGACAGCUCGGGGGUUUGAACUUGCAACCUUCCGGUUACUAGUCCAACGCUCUGACCACUAAGCUACCCUGCCGCCCCCGACCUUUGUAACUCUUUAACUCAGGAAGAUUUAUCGUCUGGGAUUCAGGCCGGUCCUAACAGCAAACGUGACAAAGGGAAGCAGCUGUAAUGGAGCCUUCUAUCACACAAUCAGGUCUGGAGGAGGAAUGUCACAUAAAGAUUCAGAGAUGCUAUGAGUGUCUUUUGAAGUUACUCUCCAGUUGUAUCCAUUUGAAUAAAUACAGACAUGAAAAUGCUGGGCUAUGGAUGUGACCUUGGUUCUGUGAGUAGAGUAACGGGUCACCAAACAACCUAUGGGAACUCCUUCCCUUUAUCGUGAUUUUAUUGAGAUGCUUAAUAUCAACGAUGUUUACAAUGACGCCACACCCUUACUGUACCAUUGUGACCUGUCAUUAUUAAAGGCUUUUUUUCUAUUGGA